AUGCCUCGCACGCGUCAGAGGCGCGCUUCUCGAGUCGAGAACGGAUGUACGCGUAUGCGGAGAGCUGGACUAGGGCUGAGGAGACGCCGUCGCGUGAUCAUCGCAAAGCUCUGUAAUGCUGAGAAAGAAGCUCGAUCGCGCACGGAUGUCUCACCGGUACACGCCUCGACAGUGUCGUGGCUUGCCAAGAGGCAGAUGGCAUGUGGUACCCCAGACCGUGCUCCACAUGUGCACCUCCAACUCGCAGCACUGCCUCGGUCUGGAGCAGUCUCGAUCGAGACUGCUGAGAAGGUUGGGCAUGGAGGCAUGGUUUGCGUCCGACGGAACGCUAACGCAAGCUUACGUGCUUUACCGUUCUGUGUGAGGUGGUACUGGAUCCUAGAGGAUGUUGGUGCGAGUGUCGAUGAAGGGGUGCAGGAUGCAGAUGAGCCUUCCGGCAUGCAGGACCGAGAGCAUGGGUUAGGCGUUGGUGCGAAAUCCGAGCCGUCCGAGCCGACGCUGGACCCCGAAGCCGCCGACAUGGGGAGGCAGGGCAUGAUCGAGUAUUAG